AUGUCUCAUGCGAAAGAACACAGACGAGUGUACCAGGCUUGUGAGCCUUGUAGAGAGAAGAAAGUGCGCUGUGAGUUGGGAUCGGCUGAUUGUCCGAAUAAACCACCUUGUGCGCGAUGCCGCAGAGAGAGCAAACAAUGUUUCUUUGCCGCCUCGCGGAUAAGGAAGACUGCCAAUCGGAAAGCCCAACCUCUUUCGCGAAAGCCCAGGUCUCAACCUGCGACUUUCUUUCCUGAUUCGACACCUGUGCCUCAUAACAAUAUUACUCCUCUACAAGAAGAGAGCCAAACAUUUACGGGAGAUGGACGUGCUGCAGCUGCUUUGCUUGAGGGUCACCCCCGAACCUAUCAUGACGCAUUGACAUUGCUAUCAGAGGCGUGUGAUCACAGUGAGGCUCAAAAGGGGUCGACUGAUGGCCCACCAACCAGCCCUCACUCAGGCUUCAACCCGAAUCCCACCGACUCACCGCUUGGCAUUCAUACCGCUAAUAGCAACAAUAAAGGCACCAAUGAGGCCCUUCGCGCCUGGUCAAACCUACGCUUUGCCCGUGGCGGGCUUUUCACAGCAGAGGAAGCGCUGGACAUGGUGGAUCAUUUCUACAAGUUCCAGUCUGCCUUCUCGCCAGUUGUGCCGGAAUACUUUCGAUGUCAUUCCCAACACCCGACGCUGAUGGAGGAGGAAACCGUCUUGACAAUCACCAUAUUGAUGAUUGGGUCGCGAUACCGAAAGUGGACAGGACCAGCUGCGGUCGCGCGUUCCUAUAUCGUUCAUGAUCGCAUUUGGAGAUAUCUACAGGGGAUGAUUUCAGGAUUGUUUUGGUUAGAGGAUCUGUUCGGCCACGACUGGCAUACACAGACAGUUGGUCGCAACGGGUUCCGCACGUUGGGAACGUGCGAGGCAUUGUUAUUGUUGCUGGAUUGGCAUCCUCGGGCUCUCCACUUUUUGCCCCCCGAUGAGGAUACGUCGUCGAUCGUGAUCCCGGAGCCAAAGAGACCGCGCCAGAGUCCUGGUACUGCCGGAGUUUACGGGCCUGGGUCCGGACAUGACUGGCUCGCUCGAUCGGAUCGGUUGUGCCACUCCAUGCUUUCCACUGUUUUGAUGCUGGCAACCGAGAUGGGAAUUUUCUCCGAGGAUAAUUCUUUUUGGCAAGAUGAAGCUGGCAACGACCAUCUGAAGAUAGUUAGUGACCACGAGAGAUUUCACCGUAUACGGUGCUUGAUAUGGGUUUACGCGACCCAGCAACCGGGUCGACCAGGACGAAGAAACCCGACCCCAUGCACUACCAUAAAAAGCCCCGGCAUUAGGAAUGACGAUGCAACGGAAUCCUGGAUGCGCGUCGCAACUAUCAUGAAGAAUGCAAACGACCUUCUCUUCGUCUCACCGGGACAUACAGGAGAAAUAAUUCGCAAUGGACAGUACCUUCGAAUUGUUCGCAGCCUUGGGCCACUUCUAAACGAAUCACUCAUCGAGUUUGACCAUGCCAAGUUGGCCAAGCAGACCCGCUAUAUCUUGAAUAUUGGGUACGAGUAUGCCCAGCUCUGUAUCUUCAGUCUCGCUUUACAGGCUGCAAUCAAUCGAAAUCUCCGUGACGGUGCAAGUGGCAGACCGGAGAGCUGUUCACGAGGUGCUUCAACGGAAGAAGAGAAGCAUCUAAGGGGAAUUGUUACAGCCGCCCAGACUAUACUAAGAACGGUCCUCGAUGAUCUACUUCCCCAUGGAAGUCUGACCUAUAUUCCCGUUCGAUCAUACUCCAGGCUUCUCGGUGCAGCUUUGACUCUUCUCAAGUGCUGCGCCGCUGGCAUCAACGAGAUCGAUAUACCCACUUCCCUUGAUCUAGUCUGGCGAGUCGCUGUUGGUCUUCGCAACUCCGCGGUCGAUGAUACUCACUUAAGUACGCGCUGGGGUGAUCUUCUCGAAACCCUCGCUAGUCGGCUAGAAUCGCGCCUGGCCCAACCAACCACACCCAAAGCGUGUAAUGUGAGAUUCCCAUCGUUAGCAACCCCGUCAAAAGAUCACCCGGACGUAUCUCAGGUCUCCCAUGAUACACAGCCAUCGACAAUACAUUAUGUCCCUCAAGAUAUACAAGUUAGUGCUGAUCUUGGACACAUUGAUUUUUUGGAUCUGAACCGAUCAAGUUCAGGAGAUGCUAAAUGUGACACGCAGUUUGAUGCCUGGUCGAUGUGGUGGGAUGAUCAAUUCUCCCAGGUGAACCUCAAUUACAUGCCUUGGUUUCCAACUUUGGGGCUAGUGGGUGGAAGUGAUCCCCAGUUCUCAAAUGAUGCCGGUGAUGGCAUUUUUGAAAGUACUGGCCCACCUCAUUGA